UUCAAUGAUACCCUACAACGGCACGUACUAUUUAGCAAAGGAAUCCAAUAUCUUCACCUAUGUUUUUACACUUCCCUAUUAUUGGUUAAAGCAUCCUUGAUUCUCCUACAAAAUGACGGUAGCAUUUCCCCGGAAAGGGGUGAGUAUUCGGGGCGAGUGGGUCACAGUGAGAUUCUUGACGAAUAGUCCGACCGCUACAACGAUUCAAUACUACGCAGCUAAAGUAAGCGAUAUCUUAACUAAGGUUACGUUAGGAAUAAAAAGAAUGCAUGUUGGUAGCAAAAAAGUCGGCGGGAGGCUGUGCAAGCCUGAUGAUGCAUCAUGAAACAUAGCGAUUUCGACAGCAAGGAACCCCGCCUCCUAUCUAGGUAUAUAAGAACCUUCUAGUUAGCAGGGGAUCAUAUUAUAUGAGUUUCCCAAUGCACUUUCUCAAGAAAAUCAGCUCGUUGAGGUUGCCUCGAGGCGAUCAUGUCCGGUAUGGCACACAGUCCGGGGAGAGUAUCCAUUGGCCCUAUUUCAACAACAGCCGGUUCAAAACUCACCCCUGAAAGCCGACGAGCAGUACUCGAGAAGAUAGACUCAGCAUUCUUUUCAUUCCAACAAGAGCCUGUCUAUGAGCUGCUCGAUGCGCCAACUGGUGAGAUUCGGCUCCUCGAGAUAUUGCCUAUACGAUAUUGGAUAAACGAGACAGUACGCUGCCGACUCUAUAAAACACGCUUAGUAGAUGUCCUAUUUCAAUAUGCAGCACUGUCCUACGUCUGGGGCGAUGAGCAGAAAACCAAAAAGAUCUUCAUCAAUGGAAAUCAGUUUUAUGUUACGGUCAAUCUCGCGUCUGCCCUAAGACGUAUCCGAAACAGUGAGACUUUACAGGUUCAGAAAUGCAGUGGACCCGGCUCGGUUCAUGAUGGCGAUACUUACGAGACGGUACCACUUCAUUGCUUGCCGAUAUGGGCUGAUGCUGUAUGUAUCAAUCAAUCCGACCCGGAAGAAUUAAAUAGCCAGGUCCGUUGGAUGAAAUAUAUCUACAGCAAGGCCGCUAAUGUCAUCUCGUGGAUUGGCGAACCUGAUGAGCGGCGUAUGGACCUAUGCUUCGGCUUUUGCGCAAUUUCAAUGAAGUACCAACCUAUUCUUCCCACGAUGCUGAAGCCCGCUCCGACGUAGAGCAUAUCCUAGAGAAGGUUAUGAACGAGCCCCAUCUGUCUUGGGUGGAUGACGAAGUCGAGGACGAUAUAAGAAACCCACAUUGGCGCGCCCUAAAAUCACUUCUCACCUGCGAGUACUGGGACCGUAUCUGGAUUCAGCAAGAGGUUUUUUUAUCCCGUUCGGAUAAGACGAACAUAAUUGUCUGCGGCGAUAAUCAGACGUCCUACUUCGAGAUUAAUAACUCAGUUAAUUUCCUCUUGAUGGUUCUAGCAAUUUAUGGCCACUCCUGUCCAUUGAAUAUGAGCCGGAACUUGUGGUCCAGGA